AUGGCUACCGAACCUGAUCCUCUCGCCGUCGGGCCAAAUCCUGCAAAACCAAACAUCGCAGCUAGCAAGCCGUCGCAUCAGUAUCAACAUUUCAUUCCUCAGUUUCUCCUCAAGAACUUUGCCCACAAAUAUGUUUCUCCCGACUCCCACGACACGGCGAAGGGUCAGAAGCGCAACGCCAAGACUGGGAUGUAUUCUGGAGAGCCAGCGGUUAAUACCCUCCACCUCUCUGGCGAAUUUUACCUGGAAGAAUGUGCUGUACGACGUACUUGUGGCAUGGAGGACAUGUACGAGGACACCGAAAACCUGCUGAAAGACCAUGGCCAUCUCGAGAAGAAGUUUGCCGCCAUAGAAAGCAAGGCGAGCCUCAUUUAUCGCAAGAUCGUCAAGACGUAUAAAAACGGCAGAGACAACAUAUGUCUGACAAGAAAAGACAAUGAUUUCUUACGCAAAUUCAUGUUCCUGCUUACCUUGCGUAGCGUGCAAUACCACCGAAAAUACAACCUCGACAACGUACAAGAUUACGAUGGGGAUGAUAAGGUGUGGUUGCAGGAAUUCAUGGAAACUUACGGGCUUACAAAGCCGCUUGAUGUCUGGCUUCAGAGCCUGGAGAUAAUCAUUGAUGUGGAGAUUGAUCCGGCAGGGAUCUGGGUCGAGCUCAUCAAACACAGCAUCUACUUCCCCAUUGCCGACACGUUUAUUGAUCAUAUGAAUAAGAUGUAUAUGACUAUCUGCACACCAGAAGACCAUGUCGACGAGUUUAUCCUUACGGACAACUGCUGCAACGUAACCGAAGGGAAGAUCGCAGCUUACCAGAUUGAGGCUAUGAUGAACCAUGUGGACUUAGCUCCUUGCUUUCACAGGUUUGCUCCUAUUUCGCCAAAGCUCAUGAUAGUCUUGCGGUACAACCUUUUGCCUGAGUUAAUCGACAGUGAGAAUCCAGUUGCUACGGUGCGACAAACCCAGAAUGAGACCGACUUUGGCAAUGGAAAUGAAUCCAUAUUGAAGAAUCUCCCCAUCCGAAAGGCAAUGAUUACUCCAAUGGAAGAGGUCAAUGGACAACUGGUCCAAAGGAUUGGAAAGGACCAGAAAUUGUGCGAAUGUGACAAUUUUUACUUCACAAUCUUUAAAAUAUCUGCCGAACACGUCCGAAUCAUCAACAGUCUUUUGAUUGAUCUCGCGUUCCAUGGCUCGAGAAUGAUCUUUUUCAGAAAGAAAGCGUUUCUGAAUUUGAUAGCGUGGUAUCUAACAGAACCAUGCAUAAUAGGAGAGAAAUUGACCGAAAAACACGGCGCCCAACAGUUGAGCUACAUCAGGGGCUUGUUCCAAUUUAUGCGGCGCGAAGGAAGAGAGAUUCCUUUCAAAUGGACAUUUGAGCUAAAGGAAUAUGGCGACCUUGACCAGUUACACAUUCGUAACGUUGCUACAACCAAAUUUUUGGAGCAUCCAAAUCAUGGAAAAGAUGGCACUGGUUUGGAUCAUAAGACACUUUAUCAGAAACUAGGCGGAACAGACGAGACCUUUACUAGCGAUAUGGCAGCGGCAACUAUCAUGUUUGAGACUUGGACCAUGAGUGUCGAUUUGAACUAUGGCUCCCCUGAAUACGAAUCUAGUUGCCGCAAGAAGCUGGAGCGACUCUUAACAGGUCACCAGGGACAGUCCAAUACCCGGUUUUGGCUUUUCCUGAAGAAAAUGAGACUUGGUCAAGCGGUGGCGACCAGGGCCUUCCAUUCAGUACAAGGCGUUGCUUUGUUGGUUAAACCAGAGUGCCAAGGAUCGGAGGACGUGCUGGCCUACGCACAUUCGAUCGUUUCGGAUAAAGAGCUCAACGUGGCCAUGUACAAGGCUUUCAACGAGAGCAUAGUUAUGGUCAGAGGUGCUGGAAACGGGCUGGAAUCAAUGGGACACUUUUCACUAUUUGGAAGUAACAAAUGGAGAACUUCGAAACCUUCUGGCCGAGGCGAACCACGCGAAGUUGAUAAGAAAAAGCAAGAGAAAAAAAGCAAUGAGAUGGUUCGUCCGGCGUUGCCUGAUGACACGAAGGGGGAAGCAUCAACCAAGCCCGCCUGCGAGAAGAAACAGCUUGAGGCCAAGGAGAAAAGCGAUGACGACAAGACAUGUGUUCAUUCUUUGCAGCCUGAAAACACGAACGGGAAAACAUCAACGAAAUCCGUCUACGAGAAUAUACAGCUUGGCGCACAGGAGAAAAGUGAAAAUGACAAGAAAGCGAUUUGUUCUUCGCAACCUGAAAGCACGAAUGGCAAAGCAUCAACGGAAUCUGUCUGCAAGACUAAGCAACUUGACUUGAAGGACAAAGGCGAUGAUUGCAAGAAAGAGAUUUGUUCGUUGCAAACUGAAGACGGAAGUAAAGAGCCUUCAGUGGGUAAUGACGAACCAACUAAAACUUGCGAUGAAGACAAAAGGAAAGAUGAAGUUUGUGCAAAUAACAUGGUCUGUACUGAGGAUACGCCAACCCCUUCUUCGCCAGACGAGAGCACGAAGAGAGAAGAUGGAACAGUUCUACAGAAAACUCCAACCAAAGCCAUGGCCCGCAAUGAAAAGGCACGCCAUACACUACUCGACAAUAAGAAAAUGUGGUAUGUUUGCGCGGCAACGGUCUCUUGCCUGCUGGGCUCGAUCGGCCUGUUUGUGGUAGGAGCUCUUGGCUAUCUUCUCUCACCGGUUCUUCGCCGUUUUGUCUGGCUGCUGGAUAAUAUCGCAGUGGCAUCGAACAAUCUUCGGUUUGCUUUGUUUCCCUUGGCAAAAUAUUUGUUGUACGUGGCAAUUCUUUUAAUUGUGUUUAUUUUUACCAUUACCACGAUUAGAAAAUUCUUUCGAAAGUGA